GGGGCGGGGUGGAAGAGGGCAGGGCACGGCACAGAGCCCCCCGCAGUACGGCCCCGCCCGGUCCUCCUUAGGGCGGAGGGGAGCGGUCGGGCAGCCCCCGCCUCCUCCGCCAGCACGGGGGAGGACAGCAGCUAGAGGGAGCUCCUCCGGACUGCAUCUGCCCGUGCGCCCCGGUUCCUUUCAUAGGCUCUACCGCCCCCUCCCUCCCUCCUUCCCCCGUGAUGGCGGAGGACAGCGAGUCUGCGGCCAGCCAGCAGAGCCUGGAGCUGGAUGACCAGGAUACCUGCGGCAUAGACGGCGACAAUGAAGAGGAGGCCGAGCACGCCAAGGGAAGUCCUGGAGGGGAUUUGGGAGCAAAGAAGAAGAAAAAGAAGCAGAAGAGAAAAAAGGAGAAGCCAAAUUCUGGAGGCACCAAAUCAGAUUCUGCGUCUGACUCCCAGGAGAUUAAAAUUCAACAGCCUUCAAAAAAUCCAGCUAUUCCAAUGCAGAAGCUUCAAGACAUCCAGAGGGCGAUGGAACUGCUCUCUGCAUGCCAAGGCCCAGCAAAGAAUAUUGAUGAGGCUACUAAACGUAAAUACCAGUUUUGGGAUACACAACCUGUACCAAAACUUAAUGAAGUUAUAACUUCACAUGGUGCAAUUGAACCAGAUAAGGACAAUGUCCGUCUAGAGCCAUAUUCUUUGCCACAGGGUUUUAUGUGGGACACAUUGGAUCUUAGCAAUGCUGAAGUUCUGAAGGAGUUAUACACACUGUUAAAUGAGAAUUAUGUAGAAGAUGAUGAUAAUAUGUUUAGGUUUGAUUAUUCACCUGAAUUUCUUCUGUGGGCGCUACGUCCUCCAGGCUGGUUACCCCAGUGGCACUGUGGGGUUAGAGUGUCUUCAAACAAAAAGCUGGUAGGAUUCAUAAGUGCCAUUCCUGCAAAUAUUCGUAUUUAUGACAGUGUGAAGAAAAUGGUAGAAAUCAAUUUUCUUUGUGUCCAUAAGAAACUGAGAUCUAAACGGGUAGCACCUGUACUGAUUCGGGAAAUAACCAGAAGAGUAAACCUGGAAGGAAUUUUUCAGGCUGUUUACACUGCUGGCGUGGUACUUCCCAAACCUGUGGCCACUUGCAGGUAUUGGCAUCGAUCGCUGAAUCCCAGAAAAUUGGUAGAAGUGAAAUUUUCACAUUUGAGUAGAAACAUGACUCUACAAAGGACAAUGAAGCUCUACAGACUUCCUGAUGCCACGAAGACUUCAGGUUUGAGACCAAUGGAACAAAAAGAUACUAAUGCAGUACAAGAAUUAAUCAACACUUACUUGAAACAGUUUAAUCUUGCUCCUGUGAUGGAUGAAGCAGAGGUAGCCCACUGGUUCCUGCCUCGGGAUCAUAUUAUAGAUACUUACGUAGUAGAGGGCUCAAAUGGUAUUUUAACAGACUUUCUGAGUUUCUACACAUUACCUUCAACAGUGAUGCACCAUCCUGUUCAUAAAAGCCUCAAAGCUGCCUAUUCCUUUUACAAUAUUCAUACAGAGACUCCCCUCUUGGACUUAAUGAAUGAUGCACUCAUUAUAGCCAAAUUGAAAGGAUUUGAUGUGUUCAAUGCACUAGACUUAAUGGAAAACAAAACAUUCCUGGAAAAACUCAAGUUUGGGAUUGGAGAUGGAAAUCUGCAGUAUUAUUUGUACAACUGGAGGUGUCCUGGCAUGGAAUCUGAAAAGGUUGGUCUUGUAUUACAAUGAGGAUGCUUAUGUUUCUAGAACUCUGUGGUCAUCAUUUGAAUCAUAAUUUGAUCUCCAUAACUCUUGGAAUGGUGUUAUUCAAGAGGAGUAAAAGCACAACAUCAGUGAUACUGAGUCCAUUAAACCUGAACAACGAAGAAAUCCAUAUGUGACCAAAUUUAUGCAUUUUCAGAUAGAUCAGAAGGUCCAUGAAACUCUUUUAUUGUCCAUGAGAAGAAUAAAAGCACAUUCAUUUAAGUUUUAAAGCUUAGCUUGCACCUUGAGGAGAGGAAGGUAUUUUUUUUCCACUCUGUAGAAAAGACUGUUUUGUACAAACUGAACUUCAGUGGUGGAUUAGGGUACAGAAAUAUUUGCUAUGAUGUGGAAGAACUGCUGCAUUUCUAUUUAUUAAGUGAUGGUGUGUGUUUGUCAGUGUAACAGAAUGAAGGAUACAAACUUGAGUAUCUUUGCAUAUUUACUUCACAUGGAUAUCAUCACUUGGGGGAAAACCAUGAAGUACAAUGCGUUUGUAGCUCUAUGAAAGUCCUGGAUGUUUUUGUAACUGGAGCAGUAUGACAAUGUACUGGUUUAACUGGUGCAUUUGUUUCUCCAUACGCAACGCUGCCAAAUCAAUAAAAAUACAGAUUUGUACUUUGAUCUUCAAUAGAUCAGUGGAUUGAUUUAACAGUAUCGCACUGUUCAGUGCAGGUGUUACCUAUGUUCCUGGAAUGAUAAUACAUUACUGUACUUAAUUUACAGUUGUGGCACAAAACCUUAGUUUUUCCUCAGUAGAACAACAUCAGCCUGUGUGUAAAACUAAGAAUUUUAGUAGUGCUAUCAGGAUAUUUAUAGUUUGAAUGUUUUCAACGCUUCUGCGAAAUUGCACAUAUUCCUUUGUCUACUUUGAUUUCCUAUGAAGUCUGUAAUUCUAAUGAAAAGUAUCUUGUGUAAAUACGUAUUCAUAAAUUGUUCCUGGUGGUGUUUUUAUCCUGACUUUGGAACAAGAAGUUUUGCUAUACAUGUGGCUGGUAAGCAGAAGAGAAAUGGUCUACCCUCUGUCCUUGGAAGUCUCUGUAUUGCGCUUCAUGAAAUGUAGGAGGGUGGGUCUGUGUUUUUGGGGGGAGCCGUCAUAAUUCCCUCAUGGAUGCUCAGCAACCAUAACAGCUUUUUGAAGCACUUUACAUGCAUUCCAGUGUAAUGUCAUUGCUAGAUGUGAUAGCAGUUCUUUCAGCUCAUGGAUGCUGCAGUAACGUGAGCACCAAGAAAAUCUGCAGUAGGAAACUGUUCUAGCUGACAGUGCCAAAUUGUGGUCAUGAAGCCUCUGUGCUGUGAGCAUCUUUCGAAUGUGACUUGAAUAUCUCAUGCAAAUAUCUAUACUUUCCUUUUUAAACAUGCCUGUAAUUCUGACAGCAGAUUUUGCUGAAAGUUGAAUUCUGUACCUGGAAGCAUCAAUUCAGAUGAAGAUGCAUUGCUCUGUUCUUCAUACCUCUUAGCUCUAUCCACGUCCUUAUAGCAAUGGGGUUUUUCUUUCCUACCACUCCUUUUCCAGUGGGUGAAUGGUUUGUGGGUUGGUUCUUGUUGAAUUGUGGUGGGAGGAUUCUGCCCUAGCAAGGUGAUAAAUACUUGUCUUUAUUGUGUUUUAGCUAUGUGAUUAAAGCAUUUGACCCCCUUAAAUGAAGGAAGGGAUUGGACAUGGUUUGUCUGACUAGUCCAGAACCUCAUAAAUUUAAAAGGGCUUCAAAAGGACAUUUCAGACCUGUAAUGGUGCAGUUGAGCUUUACAACUUCGGCCACUCUGAUACCCGUCUGCUAGUAGCAGUCAUAACAGAUGGUGCAGAGGGAGUUUGGGCUCCCUGCAUGAGGCUUGAGCAGAAUUAAGUGCCUGAAAAUGUAAUCAGUGGCAGUGAUAACUGAAAUAACAAGAAGGAUUUAAUCCAUGAAAGACACCAAAUUUUUAAUUUCCAACAGGAGGGAAGGUGUCCUCUUUGCUGGGCGUUCACAUUGGAGCCUGCUGGGAUGAGGAGAAUGUUCACCAACGCACUCUGUGUGUUCUGCAUAGACUCCAAAGGCAGAGCCUUGGCAGCCCUCACUCAGCUGGUGCCUAAUGUGAGGUGGGACAGCUGAAGCACAGCUCUUUUCUCAGAGAUGAGGUAAUUUCUUGCAAAGAAAUUAUCAUGGCUCAGCUCCUAAUUUGGAUGGGUAGUCCUGAAUGCAGGUGAAAGAUGUGCUCAUGUUCUCUGCCUUCCCCCCCCCAAAAAAAAAUUAGUUGGAAGAAUAGUAGGCAGACAUUUUCUUUUCUCCUCCCUUCUUAUUUCAAAGAACUUUGUCUGGAAAAGGACUGGGGCCAUGAUGGGAUAAAAUAUGUCUAGGUAGAAGACAGAUGUGAACCUAGGUUUUCUGCAGAUGGGCUUUCUGCCCUUAUCUUGGAGAAACUGCAUGUGAAGGAGUGUGGCCACUCUUGUUCUCUCUUCUGGGAGAACUGUACAAUUUAGUUCAGGUUGUGGAGUCUCCUUCUCUGAUAUUCAAAAACCUGACAUUCAAAAGCUGCCUGGAUGCAGUCCUGUGUAAUGUGCUCUAGGCAGCCCUGAUCUGGCAGUGGGGUUGGACUAGAUGACCUCCUGCCUCCCAGUGCAUGUUGAAGGGAGAGCUGUGCUCCUGUAGGAGCUGUGUAGUGCUGUAGCUGACAGAAAAAAUAUACACUGGGCCAGAGGGCAUGAGGGAAGCAAGCUUCUGAGCCUGAGUAUUGGGGCAGCGCAUGGAGAGUUCUGUUCAUAAACCUGUGUAAUUCAACAUGGACAACUCUCCUUCCAGUGCUCAGAUCUGGUUAGCCAUGCUCUUCACUUCCCAGUGUUUUGCUGAAUUGUCACAGUAUCAAGGGGAUGCAAAUCUUUAAGGUGUCCCAGACUGCACCUAUGUAAUAAAUACAAUUACACAGGAGGUGGAAACUCUGGCAACUCACUCUUGUUUCCUCAGCAGGUAGGAGAGGCUCUUCUGUAUUAGGCCUGCUGUGAACCGCUACCAGGCAAGACUCCUCAAAACCCAAUAGAUGGUUUUGUGAAGCUUAGCAAACCUAAGGCUCAUUCUAUCUCCUUUCCCACCAGUCUUUUAAAACAUCUGUAAUUUCUUUACCAGAGUAACAUCUACCUGCAAAGGGGACACAAAUCCCUGAAGCAAAAUAUAGACUGUGGGCAGGCAGCAAAGUGCUGGAAAGAGAACUGCUGCACUGAUGUUCCUUACCAAAGUUAAUCCUCAUGUUCUGUUUAAAGGCUUAGAUGUUACAGUUAGUCAGCAUGGGAAUUAAAUACUCUAGUGCUAGCAUGCCUUCCAAGUUCAAUGCAUGCAAAAAGCCAAAACGUAGGAUUUGUAUGAAGGACUACGAGGCGAGCCAAAAAAACCCUCCAUGUGCCAUCCUCAGCCAUUUCUUGGCAUUAAAUGUCUUAGUUUUGUUUAAACUUCAGGGAGCAUCAUGACUACAUAAUCAUUGCUCAUCUCCCAUCAUAGCUGAUAUUGUGAAGUCAAGUAAUUUCUAAGUAAAUACAAAACACAGAUGAGCUACCUGAGGGCACUGAAAGUCUGGAUUAGCAAAUCUCUGAACACUACAACAUGUAAAUUCCAGCUUUAAUGAGCAACAAAGUAACUCAGUUAAGGUAUUUUAUGCUUUCUUCACAGUACCAUUCUGACUUUUGCUUAGUGCCAAUUCCUAGGCUGUUGAUGGAAUUUCAGCACUAUUCCCUUUCCUUCUGACAGGACAGCUGUCUUGCUAGGAAAAUGUUGGUCGUUCUCAGUACAACUAAAGGAAAGUCAAAAGUUAUGUGGCAUGUUUUCAGUCUUGUAGCAGUUAGAGCUGUCAUCUACUUUACAUGCAGCAGUAUGUAGUUUACCUCAAUUUCCUGGGAAAUAAUUUUAGAGUCCAUUUAGAAACCAAGUUGAAUUUAGGUUGGUUUACAUUUUCUCAUGGAAUGUGUGUUGAUAGUUUGCAUAUAGGAAAAUCUUUUUCCAAAAUGCAGCAGUAAUAGUUUGGUUUUGUUCUCUAUUUGAAAACUAAGUUUUUCCUUCAGCUUAUCAGACACCAGGUAUUAGAUGGGACUCAACUCUGCAUAUGUUCUUGACCAAAACAAGUUUCAGAGCAAACUAUGGAAGUUCAAAAGGGAAGUCUGCCUGUGCUGUUAUGGCUGUUUACUUGAACAAAGCAUUGAACCAGCUUUAAAAGAAUUAUACUGGCAUGGACCUUUGUUUUAAUAAACUUUCACUUUUGGUAUUGA